AUGUCAAGUGAAGAUACCAAACCUGCCUUCAGUGAGAUACAAGCCUCUGCCUUAGUGGAAUCAAUAUUUGGGUUGAAAACUUCUGAAUUGCAGCCACUUCCUAGCUACGAUGACCAAAACUUUCAUGUGCACAUUUCAAGAACCAAAGACACUACAGAUGGCCCAACUGAGUAUGUUCUCAAAAUAAGCAACACUGAGUCUAGCAAAAAUCCAGAGCUGGUUGAAGUCCAGACUCACAUCAUCCUGUUUCUGAGAGAGGCUGGAUUUCCAACAGCCUCUAUCUGCCGUACUAAAGGAGACAACAUAACCUCUCUUGUGUCCAUAGACAAUGGCUCUGAGAUCAAAAGCUACUUGGUGAGACUGAUGACAUACCUCCCAGGAAGACGCGUAGCAGAGAUUUCUGUCUGUCCACAGCUGUUAUAUGAAAUUGGAAGACUGGCUGCACGAAUGGAUAAGGCACUGGAGAAAUUCCAUCACCCAAAUUUAAGUAGUCUUCAUCGGGAGAACUUCAUCUGGAAUCUGAAGAAUGUUCCUCUUCUGGAGAAAUACCUGUAUGCUCUGGACCAGGAUCAAAAUCGCGAGAUUAUUGAACAGAUUAUUCAGCAGUUCAGGGAUGAAGUAAUGACCAAACUAGAUCAUUUUAGAGAAUGUAUCAAUCAUGGAGACCUGAAUGACCAUAACAUUUUAAUAGAGCCCAGCAGUUCAGCCUCUGGAGAUGCUGGCUAUCAAGUGUCUGGGAUUUUAGACUUUGAUGACAUGAGCUACGGCUACUAUGUGUUUGAAGUGGCAAUCACCAUCAUGUACAUGAUGAUUGAAAGUGAGACACCCAUACAAGUGGGAGGCCAUGUGCUUGCGGGCUUUGAAAGUGUAAUCCCACUGACAGCUGUUGAGAAAAGUGCUUUGUUCCUACUCGUGUGCAGUCGUUUUUGUCAGUCACUUGUCAUGGCUGCACACUCUUGCCAGUUACACCCUGAGAACAAAGAAUACCUGAUGAUUACUGCAAAAACUGGGUGGAGGCACUUACAGCAAAUGUUUGACAUGGGCCAGAAGGCUGUAGAAGAAAUCUGGUUUGAGACAGCAAAGUCCUAUGGAUCUGGGGUCUCCAUGUGA